AGCGCUCUGUCGCAUCAUCUCACUGGCGCUGCUUUAGAAUGAACGAGAGCAUCGAAACAUGCGUAAACUCCGCUCCGCUCGCGGAGGAUCUGGUGGUUGAAGUUUGCGAAUGACACGUUGGGCUCUGCACUCACAUAAAUGACCGUGCAAAACGCGCGUCUCUCGCGAUUCGUGUACAGAUGACUGCAAUGGCAGGCUCAAACAUGGUUUUUUCCGAAGUGGAAAGUUUUCUAGAUGCGCACCCGGAAUUAUUAGAGGACUAUCUGAACAGAAAAGGCAAGGCAAGUGUGGUGGAAAAGUGGAUGAAGAACCAUCACGCCACUAAAACUCCGGCGAACUCCAGCGCGGAGGCGGAGAAAGCGGCGAACGCGUGCAGCAAAGACAGCUGGGCGAGCAGAAGCGACGGGCUGCAGAGACGAGCCUCGCAGAAAGAGCUGAGGAAAACCUUCGCCAGGUCUAAAGCCAUCAACGCCAACAGGACUUACGACGAGCACGUGAACUCCAGAGCACAGGAGCCGCUGACCAGCAUGAGGAGGCGCGCGCUGCUGCGGAAAGCCAGCUCUCUGCCGCCGACCACCGCACACAUCCUCUCCGCGCUGCUGGAGUCCCGGGUCAACAUCCCCCAGUACCCCUCCACCGCCGUGGACUACAAAUACUACCUGAAGGAGCACAACGAGAGGGAGUUCUUCCUGGAGCUCGUCAAAGACAUCUCCAACGACCUGGAUUUGACCAGUCUGAGUUACAAGAUCCUGGUGUUUGUGUGCAUCAUGGUGGAUGCUGACCGCUGCUCCCUGUUCCUGGUGGAGGGACCGUCCAAUAAAAAGACUCUGGUGUCCAAGUUCUUUGACGUUCACGCUGGAACCACAGUGUUGCCCUCUCUCAGUAACUCAGAUGAGGUGCAGGUGCCCUGGGGAAAGGGCAUCAUUGGAUAUGUGGCUGAACAUGGAGAAACUCUCAACAUUCCCGAUGCAUAUCAGGACCAUCGUUUCAGUGAUGAGAUUGAUAAACUUACUGGAUAUAAAACCAAGUCUCUGCUGUGCAUGCCCAUCCACAACAGUGAUGGAGAGGUCAUCGGGGUCACACAGGCCAUCAACAAGAGUCCCAACGGAGCACUCUUCACUGAAGAUGAUGAGAAGGUGUUGCAGAUGUACCUGCCGUUCUGUGGCAUCGCCAUCUCAAAUGCCCAGCUCUUCGCUGCCUCCAGGAAAGAGUACGACAGAAGCAGGGCUCUUCUUGAGGUUGUGAACGAUUUGUUCGAGGAGCAGACCGAUUUGGAGAAGAUUGUGAGGAAGAUCAUGCAUCGAGCUCAGACGCUGCUGAAGUGUGAACGCUGCUCCGUCCAGCUGCUGGAGGACAUCGAAUCUCCGGUGGUGAAGUUCACCAAGUCCUUUGAGCUUCUGUCACCCAAGUGCAGCGCCGACAUGGAGAACAGUUUCAAGGACAGCAUGGAAAAAUCAUCCUAUUCUGACUGGCUGAUUAAUAACAGCAUUGCAGAGCUGGUCGCCUCCACUGGGCUUCCUGUGAAUAUCAGCGAUGCCUACCAAGACCCACGCUUCGAUGCUGAAGCCGAUCAGUUCUCUGGCUUCCAUAUUAGAUCUGUCCUAUGUGUCCCUAUCUGGAACAGUAACCACCAAAUCAUAGGUGUGGCUCAGGUCUUGAACAGAUUAGAUGGAAAACCAUUUGAUGAUGCAGAUCAGAGGCUGUUUGAGGCAUUUGUGAUAUUCUGUGGACUGGGAAUCAAUAACACCAUUAUGUAUGAUCAAGUGAAGAAGUCCUGGGCCAAACAGUCCGUCGCUUUGGAUGUGCUGUCAUAUCACGCCACUUGCUCAAAGACUGAGGUGGAUAAGUUUAAGGCAGCAAACAUCCCUCUGGUGUGUGAACUGGGCAUUGAUAAACUAUCAUUUGAUGACUUCUCUCUGGAUGUGGAUGCCAUGGUCACUGCAGCUCUGCGGAUGUUUAUGGAGCUGGGGAUGGUGCAGAAAUUCAAAAUAGACUACGAGAUACUUUGUCGGUGGCUGUUGACCGUGAGGAAGAACUAUCGCAUGGUUCUGUAUCAUAACUGGAGACAUGCAUUCAACGUUUGCCAGUGCAUGUUUUCCAUGCUGACAACGGCCGGCUUCCAGGAGACUCUGACUGAGAUGGAGAUUCUGGCUCUGAUAGUGGGCUGCAUCUGCCAUGAUCUGGACCACAGAGGAACCAACAACGCUUUCCAGGCCAAGACGGGAUCAGCUCUCUCUCUUCUUUAUGGGACAUCAGCCACUCUAGAGCACCAUCAUUUCAACCAUGCUGUUAUGAUCCUGCAGAGUGAGGGUCACAAUAUCUUCUCUAAUCUGUCGUCACACGAGUAUGGAGAACUCAUGCAGCUCCUGAAACAAUCCAUCCUGGCCACAGACCUGACACUCUACUUCCAGAACAGGAACUCCUUCUUUGAGCUGGUGAAUAAAGGAGAAUACAACUGGAACGUGAAGGAACACAGAGACAUGUGCAGGUCGAUGUUGAUGACAGCGUGUGAUCUGGGUGCUGUCACAAAACCCUGGGAGAUAUCAUGCAAGGUCGCAGAGCUGGUGACGAGUGAGUUUUUCGAGCAGGGAGACAGAGAGCGAUCAGAACUGAAACUGACUCCCUCGGCAAUUUUUGACCGAAACCGCAAAGAUGAGCUACCAGGUCUACAGCUGGAGUGGAUUGAUGGAAUCUGUGCACCGCUGUACGAGACAUUUGCCAAAUUAAACCCCAAACUACAGCCGAUGGUUGACUUGAUAAAGGCCAAUCGUGCCAAAUGGGAAGAGCUUCACCACAGACACCAGAGCAGCCAGGAAAGCAGCAGUCCACGUAACGCAGACACCACUGCAUCCAGCUGCAGCUGAGAGAGAAACCUGCCAGGUUUCUCCACAUGCUUCUCUCAGACCCACAGCAAUGCAGAUGGAAGGAGUUUUGACCUCUGCUGCAUGCUUCAGACCAGCAGACUUUACCUCAUUAGCGCCCUCUAUCGGGCAUUUACUCUGUCUGCGAGCACUUCAGGCAACCGUGAACGAGUUUGCAUUCUUCUCCAUAGUGCAAAGACUGCACGUUUAGCUAGCAACGGAGAACCUUAGGGAUGUGUUUACGCCCAGAAGCUAAUUGGCUGAAUUAGCUAAUUUAGGGCUAGCAUGCUAACAUAAAGACUCUUUCAGCAGGGACUGUUUAAGAAGGAUUGCCGCUUUUUGAAAGGUAUGAUAGUGUAUUUUUCCCUUUGUAGCUUUGAUCUUGUUGAAUGUAGACAUGUCCUGAGCACUGGAGCGUGGUUCUGUAUGUAAUGUGAGGAAGUGAAUGCUGCAGGGUUUGUCUCUGUUGUUUUAUCUGAUGUGUUUAUUCCAGGAUCAGGGGUUUGUGGAGCCGCGGGGCUCUUUGCAAUGCUUGCAAUGCAAACCCACUCCAGCGCUGUACUCUGUGCCUUGGUAAAACCCUAUGAUAAUGCAUGCAGCCCAUCCUUGACAUCACUCUUCUCUCUAGUUCACACUGCAUACCAUCAUGGAUUUUCCCUCAUGUCUGGGGCCGGUUUCAUAUCUCGACGUAAGCAACGUGUUUUUACUCCAGCGCCCAUGAUGAAAAAUUACAAUUCUGGCAUCAUUUAUUCACACUUUUAUUGUUUCAAGUAUGGGGUGUGCGAUCUAUAUUUUCUACGAUAAUAUCAUAAUUUUUUUAAUCGAUACGUGAUUUGACAUUAUCAAGUAUAUUGCAAAAACCUAACAAUAAACGUGUCCAAUAAACAAUAAGCUAGUAAGGUGUUUCGUCACUGAACUGAUCAGCCU